GACGAGAAGGAGAGGAGGAGGAAGGAAGAAAAAGGAGGAGAAAAUCUCGGAACUGGAAAUGUCCAGAAGGAAGCAAGCCAAGCCGCGCUCGGUGAAAGUUGAAGAAGGCGAGUCAUCGGAUUUCACUUUGAACUGGGACUCGUCUGUGACCCAAUCAGGAGGUCUUGGAGGGGAACUGGAGAAUGAUACGAGGGACAGCCGGGCCUUGGAAGAGAGGAACAGCAUUACAAGCCAGGAAGAGAGAAAUGAGGAAGAUGAAGACAUGGAGGACGAGUCAAUUUACACCUGCGAUAACUGUCAGCAGGACUUCGAUUCGCUGGCAGACCUGACCGAACACAGGGCACACAACUGUCCUGGAGAUGGCGAUGACGACCCACAACUCUCCUGGGUGGCUUCAUCUCCCUCCAGCAAAGACGUUGCAUCACCCACUCAGAUGAUAGGAGAUGGGUGUGAUCUCGGCAUCGGGGAGGAGGAAGGGGGGACCGGCCUGCCGUAUCCCUGUCAGUUUUGCGAUAAGUCCUUCAUUCGCCUGAGCUACCUUAAAAGGCACGAGCAGAUCCACAGCGACAAGCUACCUUUCAAAUGCACCUACUGCAGCCGGCUUUUCAAGCACAAGAGGAGCAGGGACCGGCACAUCAAGCUGCACACGGGGGACAAGAAGUACCACUGCCACGAGUGCGAGGCGGCCUUCUCUCGCAGCGACCACCUCAAGAUCCACUUGAAGACACACAGCUCCAGCAAGCCCUUCAAGUGCACCGUCUGCAAGCGGGGCUUCUCCUCCACCAGCUCCCUGCAGAGCCACAUGCAGGCCCACAAGAAGAACAAGGAGCACCUGGCCAAGAGCGAGAAGGACGGCAAGAAGGACGACUUCAUGUGCGACUACUGCGAGGAGACCUUCAGCCAGACCGAGGAGCUGGAGAAGCACGUCAUGACGCGCCACCCACAGCUCUCCGAGAAGGCCGACCUGCAGUGCAUCCAUUGCCCUGAGGUGUUUGCUGACGAGAACUCCCUGCUAUCCCACAUCCACCAAGCCCACGCCAACAAGAAACACAAGUGCCCCAUGUGCCCAGAGCAGUUCUCUUCGGUGGAGGAGGUCUAUUGCCACUUGGAUAGCCACCGGCAGCCUGAUUCCAGCAACCACAGCAUCAGCCCCGACCCCGUCUUGGGAAGCGUGGCCUCCAUGAGCAGCGCCACGCCGGAUUCCAGCGCUUCGGUGGAGCGGGGCUCCACUCCCGACUCGACUCUGAAACCCUUGAGAGGGCAAAAGAAGAUGAGGUCCCUGGAGAGAGAAGAGGGCCAGUCCUGGUCGAAAGUCUCCUACAGCUGCCCGUACUGCACCAAGCGCGAUUUCAAUAGCCUCGCCGUCUUGGAGAUCCACCUGAAAACCAUCCAUGUGGACAAACCUCAGCAAAGCCACACGUGCCAGAUUUGCCUUGAAUCCAUGCCCACGUUGUAUAACCUGAACGAACACGUGAGGAAGGUGCAUAAAAACCACGCAUAUCCCAUGAUGCAGUUCAGCAACAUUUCGGCCUUCCACUGCAACUAUUGUCCAGAGAUGUUUGCGGACAUCAACAGCCUGCAGGAACACAUCCGUAUUGCUCACUGCGGGCCGGGAGCCACAACUCAAGACGGCAACAACGCCUUCUUUUGCAACCAGUGCUCCAUGGGCUUUUUGACCGAAGCCUCUCUGACUGAGCACAUCCAGCAAACUCACUGCAACAUAGGAAACUCCAAACUGGAUUCCCCUGUUGUUCAGCCAUCACAGUCUUUUAUGGAGGUAUAUUCCUGCCCUUAUUGCACAAACUCACCCAUUUUUGGCUCUAUUCUCAAGCUAACGAAACACAUCAAAGAAAACCAUAAGAACAUUCCACUGGCACACAACAAAAAGUCCAAAGGUGAGCAGAGUCCAGUUUCUUCUGAUGUUGAAGUGUCUUCCCCCAAAAGGCAGCGUCUUUCUGCCAGCGUCAAUUCAGUUUCGAACGGCGAGUACCCGUGUAACCAGUGCGAACUGAAGUUCUCCAGCUUUGAAAGCUUCCAGACUCAUUUGAAGUUGCAUCUGGAGUUGUUGUUAAGGAAGCAGUCGUGCCCUCAGUGCAAAGAAGACUUUGAUUCCCAGGAAUCUCUCCUGCAGCACCUCACUGUCCACUACAUGACAACCUCAACUCAUUAUGUCUGUGAGAGCUGUGACAAGCAGUUUUCAUCCGUGGACGAUCUGCAGAAACAUUUGCUGGACAUGCAUACUUUUGUGUUGUAUCACUGCACCCUUUGCCAAGAGGUUUUUGACUCCAAGGUAUCUAUCCAAGUGCACCUGGCAGUGAAGCACAGCAAUGAGAAAAAGAUGUAUCGGUGUACAGCCUGCAACUGGGAUUUUCGGAAGGAGGUGGACCUCCAGAUCCACGUGAAGCACAGCCACCUGGGCAACCCUGCAAAGUCCCACAAGUGCAUCUUCUGCGGAGAGACGUUUAGCACCGAAGUGGAGCUGCAGUGCCACAUCACGACCCACAGCAAAAAGUACAACUGCAAGUUCUGCAGCAAAGCUUUCCAUGCCAUCAUCUUGCUUGAAAAACAUUUGCGGGAGAAGCACUGUGUCUUUGAUGCCAGCACUGAGAACGGAACAGCCAAUGGCACCGUGCCGGCUAGCAAGAAGGCAGAAUCUGCCGAUAUCCAGAACAUGUUGAUGAAAAAUCCAGACACUUCAAACAGCCACGAAGCUAGUGAGGAUGACGUGGAUGCUUCGGAGCCCAUGUACGGCUGCGAUAUCUGUGGGGCAGCUUAUACAAUGGAGGUGCUUUUGCAGAACCACCGCCUGAGGGACCAUAACAUCAGGCCUGGGGAGGACGACUGUUCCAGGAAGAAAGCAGAGUUCAUCAAAGGGAGCCACAAGUGCAACAUCUGCUCAAGGACCUUUUUCUCGGAGAACGGCCUCCGGGAGCACAUGCAGACCCACCGAGGCCCAGCAAAGCAUUACAUGUGCCCCAUUUGCGGGGAACGCUUCCCAUCCCUCCUGACCCUGACGGAGCACAAAGUAACUCACAGCAAGAGCUUGGAUACAGGGACGUGCCGGAUCUGCAAAAUGCCCCUGCAGAGCGAAGAGGAGUUCAUUGAGCACUGCCAGAUGCACCCCGACCUCAGAAACUCACUCACCGGAUUCCGCUGUGUUGUCUGCAUGCAGACGGUCACCUCGACUCUUGAGCUGAAAAUCCACGGAACAUUCCAUAUGCAAAAAUUGGCAGGGAACUCUGCGGCGUCUUCUCCCAACGGCCAGGCCUUGCAGAAAUUCUACAAGUGUGCUCUGUGCUUGAAGGACUUCAGGAACAAGCAAGACUUGGUGAAGCUGGAUGUUAACGGUCUGCCAUAUGGCCUGUGUGCUGGAUGCAUGACCAGGAGCACCAAUGGACAGUCCAUGGGCAUGACCCCGCCGGAAGUUAGCGAAAGACCUUGUGGUAGCCUGAGGUGCCCGGAGUGUAGUGUCAAAUUUGAAAGUGCCGAAGACUUAGAAAGCCACCUUCAGGUGGACCACCGAGACCUGACGCCUGAGACCAGUGGCCAGAAGAAGGGUACCCAGACAUCCCCUGUUCCCAGAAAAAAGACCUAUCAGUGCAUCAAGUGUCAGAUGACCUUUGAGAAUGAAAGAGAGAUACAGAUCCAUGUUGCAAAUCAUAUGAUUGGUGCAGCCCCAGCCCCAAAUGGUGAGGCCUUGCAUUCUUUUCCAGCUCCUGGAUUACUGGAGAGGAGGAUUAUGAAAAAUGCUAUUACAGAGGAAGGCAUCAAUCAUGAGUGCAAGCUGUGUAACCAGAUGUUUGACUCUCCGGCAAAGCUCCUGUGUCACCUGAUUGAGCACAGCUUCGAGGGGAUGGGAGGCACAUUCAAAUGCCCUGUUUGUUUUACAGUUUUUGUACAGGCGAAUAAAUUGCAGCAACAUAUCUUUGCUGUCCACGGGCAAGAGGAUAAAAUUUACGAUUGUUCCCAGUGUCCACAGAAGUUCUUCUUUCAGACCGAGCUUCAGAACCACACGUUGAGCCAGCACGCUCAGUGAGCCCCUGGCACUACAGGACACCUCUCUGCAGAAGACUUGACGGAAGCUCAGUGGGGAGGACCAUUUGAACAUUACAUCCAAUCAAAGUGUCAUUUGCAACCCAGAUGUAAAACUCUAAUGAUUUGGCCAUGAGGCGCUGCUAUUAUAAGCAGCUGGAAAUGAAUAUUAAUGGAAGAGAUUAAAAGUAUUCCAUGCGCAGUAUUUUUUAUUGUCCUGCUUGAGCUUAGUGUACUUUAAAGCUUCUGCUUCUGACUGAAUUUAUAGUUGCUAGAUAGGAAUCUGCUUUGAUGCUCUUGCCCUUUGUUGCUUCUUGUAUUAUACGGAUAGUCCAAGAUUUUAGGAGUGGUUUUUUCCCCCCUCUUCCCCUUUCCUUUAGUUUUUUCUCCCCCGUUUAACUGCUUUUUAAUUGCAAUUUUAGGUAAUUGUGCGUCGUGAUGUGAUGGCUUGGCUAUUGUCUGAAUAUUUUUUUUACACUUUUUGGGUUUAUUUUUUUUAACAAUUGAAGACUAAUGCUUUGAUUGGAUUUGCCAGUUCACCGGACAGUGAUUAAAAAAAAAAACCUAUGUAAUGAAUAUCAUCGGUUUCAGUGCAACUGGAUGGUCUGCUUUAUAAAUGUGACUUAAUCUGAUUGCAUUUAACUAAUACAGUUCAAUAAAGGGAAUACAUUGGAUGAG